AGUGAAAUCAAUUUGAUAGCAAUAAAGGCGAACAACAAAUGGAAAGGCCUGUGAUAAGCGCAGAGUCCACCCGCGUGCACCUCCUCCAGUUCCUCCACUCCUCCAGUUCCUCCUCUUCCCUUGAGUUGUCUGACAUUGCAAUUUGCCAUUUGCCAUCCGUGCUGCACCGCACAAGUAAGUAAGUAGAGUAAAGUAAGCAAAUCGCAGCAGCUAUCAACGUGACGCACUCCGGAGCAUUCUGAAGCAUUCUGAGGCAUUCUGAAGCUCGCAAAGCUCCAGAGAGCCCAGCGUGACUCACAUAGCGACAUGUCGGAAAUCGGGGACCAGGCAUUCCACACAACACAGCAUAUAGCAGCAUUAUAGUGGCCGAUAAGAGGAGAGGGUAGAGAGGAAGAGGAAGAGGAGGGGGAGAGCUGCAGGAGACUGAAACUGAAACUGAGACCAAGACGCUACUCCGGAAACCAGUUUGCCAGUUUGCCAGCGAGCCCAGUCACUCGGCAGAAAUAGUUAAAAACGAGACGAAACUCACAAAUGCAGAAAAGGCCGAGAGAGAAACACAAGCUUUCUGUGUUGUGCAUUUAUUUAUAGGCGAAUGCGAAUGCGAAUGCGAAUGCGAAUGCAAAUGCCUUUCCCUCCUAAUUGUGUUCGACAAUAUGCGGCAAAUUUGUCUUGUUGGCGACUACCAUUUGGAUGUCCAUUGAUUGUUCCGCGUCUUUUGUCGAAGUCUUCCCGCGAAACAGCUUAAGUGGGUGAGCUGGUCAAGACUGAAUGGCUUUGUGGGAUUCAAUAGAUGCAAUCCCGGAUCCCCUGACCCGAAAAGCAAGCUGCUUCUCCGCUCCUGUUCCUUUGCUCUUCUGCAAACACCAGGGAUAUCUCUGAACUCAUGUUGGCCAAUGCCUACUCGCGAUUGUCUAUGGCAAGCUGGCCCUCCGCCCUAAUUGGACAACUUUCCUGCGUUGUGCCCACAUGAACAUUGCGGAGAAUGCAAUUGUUUAAUUUGGGCAAGCCACCGACGAGCAAAUAGCAAAGCGACCAACUGUUUACGUACAGAUUUGCAAAAGUUGCGGCCAGAAUGAAAAGAUAAUUCGCAUAUACGCAAUAAAUAGAAUGGAAAUAGUGGUUCAAUAUCUAAAAAUAGGCAGGGAAUGUGGAGCGCGAAAUCUGUGCUCGUACUUAUCCCCCGGAACUCGCAGCCGGCAUUGUUCAAUGUCUGCGUUCGAUGUUUGCUUUUAAUUUACCUGGGACACGUACUCGCUGCCAACUAAAAUGUAAUUCCAUUAGCGGGAAUGGAAAUCGAAAAUUAAUUAAGCCCAACAGGAGUCCGUCCGGUGGAGGACUUGACACGAGUGCUUAACAAGUGUCCUUCCACCGCUUAAUUUUCGUUUCUGUUUCUGUUUCAGUUUCUGUUUGAUGUGUUUUCCCCACUCGACGGCAGCAACCCCCGUGCUUUCCGUCCGUCGUGUUUAUUUCUGUCUUAGUCCGAACGAAACCAAAAAGUGAAACCUGAAAACAUGAAAACCUGAAACCGCCACCGAAGUCUCGUGGCUCUAGGAAAUGCGGAAAUGUGGGCCAGCCAACCAACCAACCAGCCAGCCAGCCAGCCAGCCAGCCAGAGCCAGGCAACGGGCAACAAAGUCGCAACAACGACGACCACAUUGGACUCCCCCAUCCAUUGGCCGUCCAUCCAGUGACGCAAAUCUAUUGAUUAUUGUCGGGGCAUAUGCCACAAACCAACAGCAACAGCAACAGCAACAACAUUGACACAGAACCGAAACCGCAAACAAAAAUUCGAGGGAGCACACAAGAACUGAAGUCCCGAUUUAAGGAUACCCAUUACUGUAGCCACUGAAUUACUGGCCUCCUCUAGAAGUUGCUGAACCCGCCUUUCAAGUGACCUAUUCCAUAUUGUACAAUACUUUCAAGAUCAGACCUUACCUAGAUGGACUCCCAGAUAACUUGUUAAUGCCGAAGACUAGUUUCAACGAACUUUUGGGUAUCACCCAGGUCUUUGUGUGGCACCCACUACUCCUGUUGUGGGUAAUGGGCUGUCAUAUGGCUGGACAAAGACGUUUAUCAGCUAAUGACCCUUCAAUAACUCAAGCCACACACCACAACAACAUCCAUCCACCUCAUGUGGCAAGUUUGAGUUGGAAAAUUGUCUGGCACUUGCGUGUGUGAAGACGUUAAACACUCAAUUUUAUUCAAGCCCGGGAAGAUGAACUUUGAAUUGUUUGUUUCGUUAAUUUGAGGGUAGAUAUUUAGAUAGAUUUGAAGGGAAACAUGAAGGAGAUUUCCGGAUCAGGAACUAAGAAGGAUCUUUAGGUGUCAAUUAAAUCAGAAGAAAACCAAAUAGGCAAAGCAACCUGUUGAGGGAGGCUGCCUUUUCCUAGGGACUCUGGAUUUUGGACAGCGUUUUGCCUUUCGCAGAAACUCUUCUCACUCAAAGCAAAUCUGCAUGCGAAUGAAUGUCACGUUCGAAGGAACGGAAAGCGGAAGCACCCUCACAUUUUCCUGUUUUCUUUCUUAGUGCUGCUUUUCAGAUACCUUCUUAAUGCUUCUGCUUAUGUGGGUGCAUUUGUUUUGGCAUGGACGCUUUUAACGAGAACCUCCAAGAAAGCGAAACGGAACGCAAACUGGAAGUACUAAUCCCCAUUGAUCUAAUUCCGCCCACGACCAUGUACACUGUACAAUGUACAAUGUUGAGUGGACUGCGAGGUGGCCAAGUGCCACAGAGUCGCACAAAAGGUGCAGACGGAAGACGGAAGACGGGAGAUGGCUGAAGAGACCGUCAGUGGUCCAUGAAGUCCUAGAUUAUGUCAUCCACCCACAAGUAUCCAUUCGGGGAUAUCCAUUCUGCUUCCCAGCUUCGUGGCUCAGAAGGCGGCUUCAAAGGGUUCGUGAGGUCAUCUAGCGUUUUUUGGGAUUACCCCUUGGGUCGACAUCUGCUUCCAGUCAGUUGGCCAAAUCCGUUUCACUUUAAAAUGGACAAAGUCCCGAUUGUUCUCUGGCCGAAAACUACGCGAGUGCCUUAGCAAAUAAGCAAUUGAUGGCCCAUUUUCUCGUUGAAACGAAUUGGGUUCCAUACACGAGUAUGUGAGUAGUCAGCAGACCCUACACAAAUUGUCCAAGGAAUUUCUUGAUUCAAUUUGAUUAGCUAAGUGGGAGUGUGAAUUUGUGGAAUUUGUGGGAUUUGUGGAUUUCAAUUCUUCUAGUAUUUCCUACGAGACGCGGAACUCAUGCAACUCUUCUUUCCAUCCAGUUCGGUUUGCUUUAGGACAGAACCAGUGGCACUCCCCUCUAAUCUGCACCGCCUUCCCAACCAUCAGAGAUAUAUCCACUCGAAAACUUCGCCGCGCAGUCAGAGCCACCCAAGAUCCACUUGAGAUUGAGAAGCCAAUCUAAUCGCAGUGUAGCCUGCAUUAUUCUUAGCCAGCUCUUGGCCAGUUCUUUGUCCGCCAGUCUGAACAGCAACUCGGAACCGAUUGAACGAUGGCCAAGAGAGGAACAUUGGCUUCGCAGUGGCUUCUCCCCGCAGCGCUCGGACUGCUCAUCCUCGGACUGGCCGUGGCCAACGCCCUGGAGUGCUACGCCUGCGACUCCGCCGAGAACGCGGAGUGUGCCACCCGACCGGGUCAGCAGCUGGAGGUGGAGGACUGCCUGCAGCAGGGCGACGAGUGCGUCACCUCGAUAUCGGCGGGACUGACGCGCCGCGGCUGCCUGGCCCGCCUCUAUCCCAAUGGCUACUGUGCCGCCCCCUGCGACAGGUGCAACACGAGUCUGUGCAACCGGCACGUCUAUCCCACGGACCGCCUGCGGUGCUACCAGUGCAGCGGGUCCGAGUGCAUCGACGUGGCCAACAAGCCGCAGUACCUGCUCCCGUGUCCGGUCUACCGGGAGGACGACCGCUGCUACACGAACGUGCUCCACCUGUCCAACACCCAGCGCGGCUGCGAGUACACCAACCUGCCGACCACCUGCCCGCACGUGUGCCUCAAGUGCAACUACAACGGGUGCAACGUGGAGCGGACCGUGACGGAGUCGCGCUGCCUCCAGUGCACCCACAGCCGGCUGGCCCCGAACCCGGACUGCCUGCGGGACCAGGACCCCCAGGAGGCGCCGGAGGAGCUCCCGCAGUGCGCGCUGAGCAACGCAUCCGUGGCCCACUGCGUGAACAAGGUGAUGUACGGGCACCGGGAGAACUGCUUCAGCUACCGGAACACCCAGACGGAGGUCCUGCAGCGGGGCUGCUCCACGACGAUGGGCUUCUACCCCACCGGGGAGCUCAGCGAGUGCCACGGGGAGUUGUGCAACGCCGGCUGCCAGGACAUAGUCUGCGCGGCCUGCAACUCCACCGCGGACCCGGGUUGCCGGGCGGGUCGCAACCUGCCCACGGAGAAGUGCGCCCCGGGCACUGCGGCCUGCUACUCCUGCGAGCAAGGUUAGGCUCCGAGCCAUGCCCUUGUAACCACCAACUUCUUCCCUUGUGCAGACACCUUCCUGCGACGGGGCUGUGCGGACGCGGACUUUGCUCCUGCUGCUCUCGGCGAGAGCUGCCAGCUGUGCCGGGAUGCCGACUCCUGCAACCGCUUCUCCGUGCGGAGCUGCUACCGCUGCAAUGCCCAGGACCAGGACGCGGACUGCGCGGCCAUGGACCUGCCCUCGGCGAUGACCACGAGCAACUGCUCCAGUCCCACGGAGCUGUGCGUGAGCACGGUGCUCAGCAGGCUGGACGGGAUCUACACGGUGCGGGGCUGCGCAGGGGAGGUGCCGGAGUGCUCCGCCAACGAUCCCUACUGCGUGCGGUGCAACGGGAGUCUGUGCAACGAUGCACCCACGCUCUGGCGGCAGACGCCCCUCGAUCUGGCCACGGCGCACGACUUGCCGCAGAGCUGGUGGUCGCUGCUGCGGUACUGGUGGUCCAGGAAACUUCGAUAGCCACCCGAGCAUGGAGAGCAAUGGGGUUCUGCGACUGAGGUGGCCGAUAUCAAAUUCAUGGGCGUGGUCGAUGGCCAGCGAAGCGAGAGGAACGCCCCGCAAAAACACUCAGGAGCUGUGGACUAGACUCAUCUAGUGGUGAUAAGCACAUCAAUCUGCCAAAGCUGACAAAAUGUUUUUCAAACUCAAAUUAAAAAGCACAGGUACCAGUGCCCAAUGGGAAGAAUACGACUCCCAGA